UCCCCUUUUCUCUACUUAAUUGAUAACUUAACUUGAUUUGACGGAAUUGAAUAUAUAUUUUUUUUUUUUAUACUUAAGUAUGUUAAGAUUUAAGAAUAUUAAAGAUAUCUGAUCCGAAAAAUGGACGGGAAAGUUGUUUUGUCGGGAAAAAUAUGUACCCUUUAAGGUAUUUAAUGAUCAAUUUGGGCCACUUAACGCUUAUAAAUUAUUUUGUUUGUAAAGAAUUGGUGAAAUCAGUGUUAUGAUCACAAGCAAAAAUGAGUGGAGUGAUGUUCAGAGAGAUACACAAAAAUUCUUGGCUAAGAAAACUACCCACCGGUGUUGACAAAAAGUCGGCUUUAAAAUUAACAGGCGGACAAAAGUUAUGGACCGUAUUUUGUAUACACGAUGAUACAGAACCAGUUUUAGAGUUUUACGUAGAUCAAAAAAAAUGUGCUGCACAUCGCCCGGAUAAUACAGUAGCUUUAUCAGAUACUGUCCAUGUGUCGGCUACAAUAUGUCCUUUACCAGUUAUAGCUGGUGAUCAACAGCAAUAUCAAUACGAGUUUGUUGUGACUUUGACUUCAGAUGUAGUGCGUUUGGCUGCUCCGUCAUGGAAUCAGAUGAUGGACUGGGUGCAAGGUUUAGAUAUGAAAUUGCGAGAAAUGCAUAUACUGUCUCCUAAAGAAAAUGUUUACACUAAACCACCAGAAUCUAGACCUCCACUGCUUCCAACUAGAGAUCCAAACUCACCAUUGCCUCCUCCACCAUUACGAGACUUGCCUACUAAUGUUUUGCCUGGAGUUGAGCCUGUUAUGACAAUCAUUCAAACGAGUCAAACAAACAGAAAUGAAGAAUCUUCGGAAGUAGAACAAACUAUUUUGACGCCUCCUCUUAGUCCAAAUUCAACGAAUGCCAGUGAACCUGAAAAUAAUGUUACCAUUGUAGAAGUUCCAAAUAAUAACCAAGUAUUUGAUUUCAAUCAAAUGGAACGAGCAUUAAAUUAUAAUCUAGUUGAAUCAAUUAUAACACUUCCUAGAAUUAGCCGAUUGCCUAGUACAACUGAACAACCGGCAAUAACGUCGAGAUCUAAUAGGCAUCGUCAAAAUGUCCCUACUGAAGAAUCCGUUAGUUUUUCUAGAUCUGGCAAUCAUUCAGAAUCUAGUGAUAGAACGACUAAUCAAUGUGACACACCACAAAGAUUUAAUGGUGAUAUACCAGAUGAAGACCAGCAAAGCAGAGCGAGACCUGCAGAUCCAGAAGAUGGUCGACUGAGGAGAAGAGCUAAAAGACAAGAAGUCGUAGUGUUAACUGAUCAAGAAGUGCAACCUAGUAACUAUGAGCAUUUGGUCUUACCUACAGCUAUUCAGCCUAGAACGCCUAGUACAUCAAAUUUCAUUCCAACGGAUAUUGCAAUGCUGCCGACGAGGCCUCAACUUCCGAUCGGAAGGGGCCGAGGUGCUCGACGUAAAGGCAAUAGUGAUAAUCCACAUCCUGUAGUUGGAGCCGACAGAAUCAGGGUAGCGAUAAAUAGUAAUCCACGAAUGUUGCAACCAGUCCCAACACCUUAUAUUCCUAUAACUGAAACAAGAGAUUUGUUCAAUCCAAGUCGUUUAACAGUUCGCGAAAAACAAGUGUUACAGCUUAGAAGAGAAAUGUCUCACCACGCAGGUGUUCGGUUGCAAUUGAGACGGAAAGAUUGUAUAAAUACUAUUGCUUUAGUGGAUGUUUUUCAAACCGUAUGGAUUGCUGGAUGGAAACAAAAAGAACAUCCAAUGUUGCAUAAUGCCUUACACAUAGGCGAUCAAUUACUGAGUGUAGCCGGAAAACCAGUAACAUGUUCAGCAGAUGCUCAUAAAUUAGUUAAGUCUUGGCCAAGUCUAUAUGUCGAACUAAUUGUCAGGCGUGUUCCAUGUGGCCGAGUAUUUGUAGUUCGACGACAUGAACAAAAUCAAGAUCUUGGUAUUAUACAAGAAGGUGGUACGGCAGAAAUUAAGGACAUAGUAUCCAAUAGUGUGGCCGCAGCCCAUGGAUUAUCCUCUCGUACACCAACUCUAGAUGGCUUAUCAUUAACAACUUGGACAUUGACCGAGAUCAAUUCUCGCCCUUUAAAUUUACUAUUCAAAGACACAGAAGUGAGAGAUCGUCUCAAUGCAGUUGGGCUUGACAUCUCUUUGUUGGUGCAACCAACUGAUCUCGUAUCGGCACUACGUAAACAGUUGAAAUCAUUAAAAGCAUUUAAAGAUUACCUGUUGACAUGAAGUGUCAAUACAGUUAAAUCACCUGGGAGGUAAACAACAUUUAUUUAUUACUAUUAAAAUUGUCAAAAAUGAAAACACCAAUAUCUACUUAGUUUUUUUAAGUGAUGUCACAAACUGUGUUCAGAUAUCAAACUAAAGCAAACCAAAAUCAGGGUGUUCUGUUUGAUUGAAAAAACUAGAACGCUAUAUUAUGUAAUAAUUUGCAAAUCAGGAACCUAUUAAUCUUCCUGCACACUACCAAGCCGAACACCGAGUCAAAACAUUAACACUUUACAGUUAAACAUGGCAGCACAUAAAAGGUUCGGCAAAAUACAACUAUAAGGUGGAUUUUCGUGCAAAAAAAUCUGGGUUCGGUUCGCUUGCAUGGAUCACACUUUUGGUAUUAAGUUCAAUUCAGGUUAAAUUUUUUUGUAUAGUUUGGUUUGUUUUGGUUGCAUUUACAAGUAAUUUUUUUAAACGUUGGCUUCAAAACGUAACGAGUCUAUUGUUGUUUGGUUUGACAUAAAACAAACCCGAAUUUGGUCACGUUAUUAUAGGUUUUAUGACUUAACAAAUACAGUAAAACUAUAAAAUUAAACAUUGUGUGUGUUGGUAUAUUUUUUCAGAUCAGGAUUUAAAGAUGCAGGGUCUAAUGUAAAAGUUAGAUAGUUGGGAUCUUAGUAAAAAUUAAACUAUAUAUUUUACUAUACCAUAAAAAUUAAAAAAUAUAUUUUUUUGUAUAAGGAUUACCAACCCAAGCCAAAAAAAAAAUGGGUAUACCAAAAUUUACAAACUCAGUAUUUUUAAUUAUUAUAAUUAACUAUAACUAUUAUUUAAAAUUAUUUUUAAUAAUAUUUUAUUGUUUUCUGUGAUAUCUUUCAAAAAUAUUGGUUGAAGUUAAGUAAAGACAUUUUUAAUUUCAACUCAUGAUUACUUUCUUGCACGAUGGUGUUGAAUAUCUUGUGUUUUUACUUAGGCAAUUUUUCUUCAAAGUGAUAUUUCCACAUAGUUUAGUAUUAAGUAUUAAUUUUUAGUCGAAACAAUUAUGUCAAAUGGCGGAGUGUAAUGUGUGAAAACUAAAUAUGUGCAAUAUUAUUGUUUUGUUUUUUUUUUU